AUGGCCUCAAACAAUACUAGUGCUCCCGCCGAGGGUAUGCUUUGGGGUGGUCGCUUCACAGGCGGCAUCGAUCCCCUGAUGCACCAGUACAAUGCCAGUAUUGGUUACGACAAGUAUCUGUACAAGGAGGAUAUUCUUGGUAGUAUCGCCUUUGCUCGCGCUAAUGCCAAGUCGGGCAUCAUCUCUAAUGAUGAGUUCACUGAGAUUGAGCGUGGUCUGAAGGAGGUGAUGAAGGAGUGGGAGGCUGGUACUUUUGCUAUCAUGCCCAAUGAUGAAGAUAUUCACACCGCGAAUGAGCGACGAUUGUCUGAGAUCAUUGGUAAGGAGAUUGGUGGAAAACUUCACACUGGUCGUAGCCGAAACGAGCAGGUUGUUACCGACAUGCGAAUGUGGUUGCGCGAGCGCAUUCGUGAGAUUGAGAGCCAUCUCGUUGCUUUCCUUCAAGUCAUUGCUGCUCGUUCUGAGGCUGAGAUCGACCAUAUCAUGCCUGGAUACACCCACCUACAACUUGCCAUGCCUGUCAAGUUCUCGCAAUGGCUCCUGUCAUAUGGCUUUUCCUUUGCCUCCGAUUUAGAACGUUUGAGGGAGGUCUUGAAGCGGGUCAACAAGAGCCCUCUCGGUGCUGGUGCUCUUGCCGGAAAUGCCUUUGGUAUUGAUCGUCAGAUGAUGGCCAAGGAGCUUGGAUUUGAGGGCAUUAUGUGGAACAGCAUGAACGCUGUUGCUGACCGUGACUUUGUCACUGAGUUCCUUUCUUGGGGUACCAUGUUCAUGAACCACGUCUCAAGGAUGAGCGAGGAUUUGAUUAUCUACUCAACCGCUGAGUUCGGCUAUGUUCAAGUUUCAGACGCCUACUCAACAGGCUCAUCAUUGAUGCCCCAGAAAAAGAACCCUGAUGGCCUCGAACUUCUGCGAGGUAAGGCCGGCCGAUCCUUCGGUCACUUCGCCAGUGUUUGGAGCGCUACCAAGGGUAUUCCCAGCACAUACAACAAGGACUUGCAAGAGUCUUGGGAGCCCAUGCUCGAUCACGUCAAGACCGUCUCCGACAGCGUGCAAAUCCUCAACGGCAUCCUCAGCACCCUCAAGCUCCGACCCGAGCGCAUGAUCGCCUCUCUCAACCCCUUCCUGCUUGCAACCGACAUCGCAGACGUGCUCGUGCGACUCGGCGUGCCAUUCCGUGAGACACACCAUAUUUCAGGACGUGUGGUUGCCAAGAGCGAGGAGCUGGGAAUCCCUAUGGAUCAGUUGAGCUUGGAGCAGCUGCAGGCUAUUGAUAGCCGAUUCCCGGAUAGCAUCAAGGAUGUUUUCAACUAUGAGGCUAGUGUUGAGUCGAGGAAUGCUCAGGGUGGUACUAGCCGAGCUGGUGUUUUGGAGCAGAUUGAGGUUCUUAAGGGUAUGUUGAAUUAG